AUGGCAUGUGCCAGCGGGUAUUUCCAGCCGGGCUACGGCCGGGCUCGUCGUCACGGAGGCGCUUAUGACGCUACGGGCGGUCACAGUAUCGGCUCGAUCAGUGAUGCGGGCAGCUAUAGCCGCGGCGCUGCGUUUGGGGCCGGCGGAACAGGAGCGUAUUCUCGCAAGGGCCACAGCUACGGGCACGGACACGAGGACGGCUACGGCAACCGGUGGGGAGAUGGACACGCCAACGGCUACAAGGAAGGUCAGGGCAACGAGCACGGCGACCAGAGCGGUCAUGGUCACGGCAUCAACUGGGGCUACGCGGACGGAAACGGUCACGGCGUGCAUGACGGCCAGCAUUACGACCACUCGCGCGGAAACCUUUGGCGUCACGGCUCAAAGUCGGUCGGCGAUCGAUCGGGCUCUCUCGGCAACAUCGGCAACUUCGUGAACGACCUAGGCACGAUCGGCAGCAUAGGACACCUGGGCAACAUAGACGAGUACGCGGGCGGAGGCUCCGGUAUACACAACAGCUACCGCUACUAG